AUGAGUCUGUCGGUUUGUCAUAGACAGUUUGAAAAAACACAUAAAAGUAACGUUCGGGAAAUAGGGAAAAAAAGACGUACAACGAGGAUUAAGGCUUUAACCAUUCUUAAAAAAUACCAUAUUCCAAGAUCUAUGCCAAGGAGAAAGCUACCCUCCAUUCUGCAACUGAUUGAUGAAUUCAAUGAUGUGGACGCUGAUGCUGAUGCUGAUGUUAAUGCAAAUCGGGACGAAAAUGAUGAAAAUACGACCGGAUUUACUCCAUCUACAGGCCGCUCUGCAAAUCUUUCACAACAGGCCGAGAAAAAUCCAGAAAGUUUCAAUAAGAGGCAGCGGAUAAGUCGGAUUGAUCAUAGCGGUCAAGAUAUUGGUGUGCCGUAUUAUUCUACUAUGUCGCCUCCUCCUUUUGGGCCAUUUCCGGGUACUAUGUCGAUGCCCGUGAAUUUUAACAUGGGUCUCUUUCAACAGCAACCAAAUCUAAUGUACAUUCCAGCACAACCCAAUUUCAUCGUCAGUUAUCCCUAUCCACCGGCCCAGCAGGCAUACUAUACUAAUCCAAAUAUGGUUCUUUUACCAGGACAACAAUUGCAAGGCCAACAGCAAUAUACUCCCAAUAGUAGAAAAGCCUUGUCUCUACCCACAUUAGAUACUAGUUUUCACAAUAGGCCAAACUUCCCGCAAGACCGAUUCAACCAUAAAAGCUCGAGUAUGAGUAAUAUCUCGAUUGAUCCCCAGCGCAUGAGAAAUGAAUUGCACUAUGAUUACGAGGAAAAAGCAAUAGAGACCGAUUCAAAUUAUAGCAAGAGCCCUGAUUCCGAUCUGCGGCGACCACAACAGCAGCAUAUACCGAGACCACGUAACGCAUUCAUUUUAUUUAGACAACAUUGGCACCAGCAAGUUUUCGACCAAGAGAAAGAGAAGAUUACUACCGAUACUAGCCAAGGCACUUCAAAGUUGGGUUCAUUUAAAGCCAAUUCUCAAGCGUCAAGAGAUAUUGGCCGUAAGUGGAGAUCUUUGCCAGAUUCGGAGAAGAAGUACUGGUUGGAUCUAGCCAAACAGGAGAAAGAAGCACACAAGAAAAAGUAUCCUGAUUACAAAUAUCUCCCGACAAGAAAGGCAUUGAGAAACUCUGGUUCUAGUCCGACUUCCAGUUCGACGCAAGAGCAAUCCCCAAAAUCAAACUAA